AUGGAGGUUGCAAUGGUAAGCGCAGAUAGCUCUGGGUGCAACAGCCAUAUGCCCUAUGGAUAUGCAGUCCAAGCUCGGGCUCGAGAGAGAGAGAGACUGGCACAAUCAAGAGCAGCAGCAGCUGCGGCUGUAGCAGCAGCAACAGCAGCAGUAGAAGGGGGGGCAACAGGUGGAGGUGGACCAUAUCACCAUUACCACCAGGAACAGAGUCGAGGUGCUUCCUCCUCUUAUGGUGGGAAUGCAUCACGCAGCAGCCUGCCCCACCACCAGAGUGGUAAGAGACGGAAGAAAGGGAAAAAGAGGAGCCACCAUUUGGGAAGUAGGGAAUGUGGAGCCUCCUUCCCAUGUUCAGAACUACUGCCUCUCAGUGGUUCUGAAGAGAGAAUACUGAAGGACUUGAGUGAGGAGGAAGAGGAGGAUGAAGAUGAGGAUGAAGAUGAUGAGGAAGAAGGAAAGCUCUACUGCACUGAUGACUAUGGGCAUGAUGAGUUUUCAUUCUCAGACCAGCCACCUGAUGAUGGUGGUGGAGGCCCUGGGGGUUACAGCUCUGUUCGCUACAGUGAAUAUGAGUGUUGUGAACGUGUGGUAAUCAACGUGUCAGGACUGCGGUUUGAGACCCAACUGAAGACACUAGCUCAGUUCCCAGAGACGUUGUUGGGUGAUCCAGCGAAGCGAGGCAGAUACUUUGACCCUCUCAGGAAUGAAUACUUCUUUGAUAGAAACCGGCCCAGCUUUGAUGCCAUCCUAUACUACUACCAGAGUGGCGGCCGACUGAAGAGGCCAGUCAAUGUGCCCUUUGACAUCUUCACUGAGGAGGUGAAGUUCUACCAACUUGGGGAGGAGGCCAUGCUCAAAUUUAGGGAGGAUGAAGGGUUUGUCAAAGAGGAAGAAGACAAAGCUUUGCCGGAGAAUGAGUUUAAGAGGCAGGUCUGGCUGCUGUUUGAGUACCCGGAGAGCUCCAGUCCCGCCAGAGGCAUUGCCAUUGUCUCAGUCUUGGUCAUCUUGAUCUCCAUCGUCAUCUUUUGUCUGGAGACUUUGCCAGAGUUUAGAGAUGACAAAGAAUUCAUAAUGUCCCUGAGCUUAGGGAAGGGGCCUUCCAAUGAGUCACUUCACCUGGAUGCUGGGGAGCACACCAUCUUCAAUGACCCCUUUUUCAUUGUAGAGACAGUGUGCAUCAUUUGGUUCUCCUUUGAGUUUACAGUGCGUUGCUUUGCAUGUCCGAGCAAAGCACACUUCUUCAAGAACAUCAUGAACAUCAUAGACAUUGUGUCCAUCUUGCCUUACUUCAUCACUCUGGGCACUGACCUGGCCCAGGAGCAGGGCAGUAAUGGUCAACAGGCCAUGUCUUUUGCCAUCCUGAGGAUCAUCCGUCUGGUCAGGGUGUUUCGCAUCUUCAAGCUCUCCAGACACUCCAAGGGUUUGCAGAUCCUGGGUCAUACCCUCAGGGCCAGCAUGAGGGAACUCGGCCUCCUCAUUUUUUUUCUCUUUAUUGGAGUCAUUUUGUUUUCCAGUGCUGUUUACUUCGCAGAAGCUGAUGAGCCUGCCACCCAUUUUCAGAGCAUCCCAGAUGCCUUUUGGUGGGCUGUAGUGACCAUGACUACAGUUGGUUAUGGGGACAUGAAACCUAUAACUGUGGGUGGGAAAAUAGUUGGGUCCCUGUGUGCCAUUGCAGGAGUGUUAACCAUUGCUUUACCAGUGCCAGUGAUUGUCUCCAAUUUUAACUAUUUCUAUCACAGAGAGACUGAGAAUGAAGAACAAACACAGCUGAUGCAAAAUGCAGUCAGUUGCCCAUACCUCCCAACAAAUAUACUGAAGAAAUUUAGAAGUUCAUCGUCUUCAUCCACAGAAGAUAAAUCAGAAUAUUUAGAGAUGGAAGAAGGAGUUAAAAAAUCUCUUUGUGUAAAGGAAAAAAAAAGUCAGGACACAGGGGAUGGAAGUGAGUCAGAGAAAAAAAACUGUGUAAAUUCGAAUUCUGUGGAAACUGAUGUGUAA